AUGGCUCCAACAACCCUUAAUUCCCAUUUAUUUCCUGAACAUCGCAAAGACUCGAUCACUCAACCGACAGUGAUGCGUUGCAGCGAUCCACUGAAGAAUUUCCAUAUCUGCGGUUCUGGCUGUCCAGCUGGUUGCAAUAAUCAAAUGGCCGGUUUUUGUGGUACUCAAUGUGUUGCCGGAUGUUUCUGUCGCAAUUCGUACAUUCUACAAGAUGCUUAUAACUUGAAUUCCCGAUGUGUACUACCACAUCAGUGUCAAUCGUUAGCUGUCCAACAACAACAAAUUUGUUCUGAUCCUCGGAAAGAGUGGACACAUUGCUUUUCCUAUGAAUGCGUACGUAGUUGCUCAAAUCCAGAAGCGAAAUGUACAUCAAAUGACUGUACUCCUGGUUGCAUUUGUCGUGAACCAUACCUGCUGCUUGACUUACGUAAUCCUAAUUCACGUUGCGUACUUCCCAGUGAAUGUGGUUCUCAAUGUUCCGACCCACUGAAAGAGUAUCAGGCUUGUGCUUCCUCAUGUCCUAUGGGUUGCAACAAUCGAGUACCACAGACUUGUUCACCAUGUGUAUCCGGAUGUUUCUGUAAGUCAGGAUUUGUAUUUGAAGAUGCUGUAAACUGGCGCACUUCUAAAUGUAUUCCCUUGAACCAAUGCCCAAUGACCAACAUUACUGCUUUACUGUUUAAUCCAGAAAACAAUAACUCAGAGAACAUGGCGGAAUGUCCUGCGACAACGGUUGAUUUAAGUGGAAAAUUUUGUAAUUUUGAUUCUGAUUGUCCAAUGCAACAGCGUUGCUGUCGUUCAAAUCUAUUUGGAAUGAUCAGUUCGAAACGAUCACGUUGCACAUGUAUCGAUCCACACGCAUAUUGGGAUUCAUGUGGUGUCUUGUGUCCAGAGUAUUGUGGACAACCUGCAACACCGGUAUGUUCACCAACCUGUAAUCCAGGUUGCCAUUGCGCAUCCGGUUACGUGAAAGCACGAAAUCAUGUAAUGGCCCCAUGCGUACUACGAACACAAUGUUUGCAGCAAGGAAAUUAUCAUGAUACUAUCGAAGAGAGGGAACGUACAAGUGAAUCGUACAAUCUCUACAAAGAAAUAGCAACUGUAAAAAUACUAAAUGAUGGGAAUAAAAUUAUUGGUGAUGUAAAAAUCAAAGAGAUUAGCAAAGAAAGAAUCAAAUUGGAAGGUACAAUUGAAG